GGCACCGGGGCCGCGGUUAGGGGCGGCAGGUCGCGAGGGGCCAUGGCUAGGGGCGACGGGGCCAUGGCUAGGGGCGACGGGGCCAUGGCUAGGGACGGGGCCGGGCGCUGGGCAGGUACGGGGCCGGGCGCUGGGCGCGGAAUGGGGCCGGGCGACGGGCAGGUACGGGCCGGGCGACGGGCUAGGUACGGGCCGGGCGCGGGCAGGAGACGGGGCCAGGCGUUGGGCGAAGGACAGGGCCAGGCGCGGGCUUGGUACGGGCCGGGCGCGGGCUAG